AUGGAACAUAUUGAAACGUUACUUUCACGAACACCAGCACUUGUUCGUCUUAAAUUAAUAUCACGUAAACGUGCAUUCGACUCUAUUUUCGACGGUUACAAUUGGGAACAAUUCAUUAUUAAUAAGUUACUGCAACUCAAUCAAUUUGAAUAUUUCUUUUCUUUCAUUCAUAAAACAAAUGAUUAUAUGGCAGUUCUUAAUCGCGUUAUUGCCUCAUUUCAAACUCCAUUUUGGUUACAGGAGAAACACUGGUAUACUAUAUGUAGCUAUGCAUUUGAAUCCCAAACGUUUGAACUUCAUAGUACUACAAUCCAUGUGACGGAUUCCGAUAAUUUGAUCAAAUUUGAAAAGUCGGCAGAAACUAAUACAUGCCGUCUUGUUGGACAACCGCCGAAAACUGAUAGAAAAAAGACUAUCGGCAUAUUAAACUUAGCUGGAAAUCAAAUUGGAGACAUUGGUGCAGAACAUCUUGCAACUGCUUUAUUGAACAAUACGGUAAGAUUUGAUACUAAAGGCUUCUUUCCAUUUUGUCCUACAAUUCAAAAGACACUCGUAGAACUCAAUCUUCGGCGUAAUCAAAUUGGUAUGAGUGGUGCACAAUGCUUUUUUAAGUUACAACAAAAUAAUACCACAAUUAACAAGUUAGAGCUCUCUUCAAAUCAGAUUGGAGAGAAUGGUGCUCAAUAUCUUAGUAAUGCGUUACGAAAUAAUGCAACACUUUCUUUAUUGAGUUUGAACAUGAACUCAAUUGAAAACAAAGGUUUACAACAUAUUGCUGCUUGUUUGAUUAUUAAUAAAACUAUAACUAAGCUGAAACUUCAACAAAAUAAAAUUACAGAUGAAGGAACUUAUUGUUUAAUAGACUUAUUACAAAACAAUAAUGUACGAUCAACUUUACAAUCAUUACUUUAA